GGAAACUGGCUAACCAACAGCGCUCGGAAUACACUUUCGUAUCCGGGGAAUCGGAAUAUGGAAGCAACCAACACCCAAGUGCAGUUCCAGGUCUUCUACGCACAGGGAUAUUCUAAGCAGCAGCGGGAAGAGUAUCGUCCGGAUAAAUACCGACCGUGCCCCCCGGAUACCUCCUAGCAUAGUCCAUGACUCGGUGGCGACAAGGAAACUUGACGCACUACAGCGGCCCCGUCGCACCUGUAGUGGGUGGGGGUGAUAACCGGAGGUUUUGAAUAGACUCCCUCCUUCUUUCCUUUAACUUCGAUAUAACCUCAAAGAGAGAACAAGUAGGGUACGUCAUGAACCCCCACCGAACAAAACAUUCCCGGACAAAACAGAACCGCCAAGGCACCUCAGGGCUCAAUCUCAACACACUAUGCACCAGCAUUACCACACCCUGCCACUGCCGGAGGCCGUUCAAGAGGAGUAUAUAUCGAGGAUGGAAUGAUGCACCGUAGGGAGAUUUGGGGUGCAGUAUAGGUAAAAGGUGGUGAGAAUAACUUGCUUAAUCCCCUAUUCGAUAUCAUACAUACACCUAAGGCCACCCUACCUAUCCCAACGAGAAACCUCUAAUACGGCUCCCUCCCGCCAUUCCCCCCGAACACGCCCGCACCCCCAUCCAAUCAGAGCAACACUCCGGACAACCUCAGGCAAACCGCAAGCACGAGUGCGAAUCCAUGACCCCACACCUACCAAUCAACCUUCGCCUCUCGACGUUCAUACAUGACAUUACCGUACGGUACUCCCCACACCUCAGGAUUGCCAUCGCGUCGACCUGGGCCGACCUAUUAAUGCCAUAUCAAGCCGGCAAGGUACUGUUCACUGCGCAGUAUCAAGCACGCAAGAAAAGUAAACUCCAACCCUACAGCUAAUCUUCCGCGACGGCGUCUCGAUGCAAAGUUGUCAGCGGAGCAUAGGU